UCAUUUCAUUUCAUCAUCACAACAAAGAGAACGAAGAACAACAACAAUCCAUUUUUCAAUUUUCAAUUUUCAAUUUUCUUCCACCAUUUCAUCUACAAAACCUAACUCUAUAAUUCAAGAUCUUAAUUUUCAUCACUGAACGGUUAAAGCUAAGGAUCUACUAAUUUAUUCAACAUAAAUUAUAAGGUUUUCAAUUGUUAAUUAUGAAGUUAAUUCUGUUCUGAAGAGUGCAUUUUUUUGAAGAUGCACACUUCGCUGCAAAAUUUCGAAAUUAUGGAUUCUGUGAAGAAAAGUUCGUAGAUCGAAGCUUUGAAAUGUCAAUGUUAGUUGGAUUUUAGUGGUUACGAUCGAUAGUUGUGAAGCAGUUCUGGAUUUCUCUCUUUAUCUUCAAAAUCUUUGCAAGAAAUCUGAAAACUGUCUCAUUUUCUUUUGGUUGGUGAUGUGCUUGAAGAAAUUGAUUAUUCACUAAUUGGGUGAUGGAUAAGGAAUCACAUAACAACCAUGAAAAUAGCACCAACAACAGUUCUAGUUUGAGAGAUGGUGAUAGAGACAAAAAUCUAGGAGGGGAUGGUUCUUUGUUAUUGAGAGCUAGCUCGGAUGGAUUCAGACAAUCAACGACGUCGGAUUUAGGGUUGCAAUGGGGGAAUAAGAAGCGGUUAAGGUUUAUGAAGGUACAGGUUAAACAAGACUCUUUAAACCCGGUUCAUAGGACAACAGUUCGGGUGGACCGGAGAGUAGUUAGAACCGAGAAAGAUACUUCAAACCGGCUUGCAACUGAUAAUAGCAUUAUCAAUAAUCAUAAUCAUCGUAAUCAUAAUAAUCAAAAUCAAAGUAACGGGUAUCCUAGUCUCCGUCAACGUGCUCCUUCUCCGCAGCAACCUCCUCCGAGGAUUCUCAGGAACAACACAGAGAGUUCAGGUGCCAUGAGAGGAACACAAACCCAAAUCAACGGAAGUGUUAGAGGAAUUGCUUCACCAGAGAGAGGUGCGCACGAUAAAAGAGGGACCCACACCCACCUUAAUGACAACAAUAAAUCUGCAGGUUCCUCUGAUAACGCUUUGGAUGGCAAGAAAGGUGGGGGGUCGUCUUCAGGGAGUGGUGAUGCGACUCCAGCGGUGUGGCCACCAAAGUUUGUGAUUGCCUUGACCAACAAGGAGAAGGAAGAAGAUUUCAUGGCUAUUAAAGGCUCUAAGCUUCCUCAGAGACCUAAAAAAAGAGCCAAAUUGAUACAAAGAACCCUCAAUCUUGUAAGUCCAGGUACAUGGCUCUCCGAUCUCACCUUGGAACGGUAUGAAGUUAGAGAGAAGAAAAUAACCAAAAAGAGACCAAGAGGCUUAAAAGCAAUGGGUAACAUGGACUCCGACUCUGAAUAGAAGAAGCAAGGAAAUGAGAAAAGGGUAUAAAUUAUAAUAGCAAAGGAAUAGACCAAAAAAAAACUCUUGCUUUAUGCUGUGAGAAAUGUUGGAGUUGUUGGUGUAUAAAGCAAAAUCGAAUAUAAAUGAGUACUUGAUUUUGAUGGUGUUUAACUCACCAACAUGUUCAUCUUUGUUCUCAAAAAUGUCUCCAUAUAAUUGUCAAGGAUAAGGAACCUGUCUUCAGCUUAA